AAAUAACCGCAACAAAUUAAAAAUCCGCAACAAAUUAAAAAUCUUUGACGGAAAGGGAUUGUCUGAAAUACCGGAAGUGGCACAACGAUUAGGCUUACUCCAUAUUUGUAGCUCAGAAAAGUGAUUCUGGAUGUCAACAAACCUCGAAAAACUCACUCCUCACACCGUUUCCUUAUUACCCUGACAUAGAGAAACGCAAAAUGUUUUGCCCGUUUUGUGGCGUUGGCAUCAGCCUCUUCACCCCAUUUUGUGCUUCCUGCGGACAGUCUCUGGAGCUUUUGCGGGACCAGGCUGAAGGGUCAGACAUCCUACAGUACUACAUUAAAUAUUUCAAUGAAGGUCACUCAUAUAGUGUUAUCAUGGACAUGAUGUUAAGUUUGCAUGGUGUAAAGAUGAGUUUAAGGAGUCUUAAAAGUAAACUCAAUAAUGCUGGACUUUACCGAAGAAAACAUUUUCACUCCAGAACAACAAUCAUUAACGCAAUCAGAGCGGAGCUUCAAGGACCUGGGCGAUUGUUUGGGUAUCGAACAAUGUGGCAGGUACUUAAACAAAAGCAUCAUCUGAAAGUGAAGAGGGAUGAUGUGAUGAAAAUACUCCGGGAGCUUAAUCCUCAUGGAUGCCAAAUGAGAACACGCAGAAGAUUCAUUAGGAGAACCUAUCAUUCGCUGGGACCCAACUACAUGUGGCAUGCUGAUGGUUAUGACAAGCUCAAACCAUUCGGUUUGGCCAUUUCAGGGUGCAUUGAUGGAUUUUCACGCAAGGUUUUGUGGCUAGAAUGUGGACCAACCAAUAAUAAUCCAGUGGUCAUAGCUUACUAUUACUUGUCAUGUGUUGGGAGCCUUGGUGUUGUACCGAUGAGACUGAGAACUGACUGUGGGACAGAAAACGGCAUUAUGGCUGCAGUUCAGUGCGCACUACGUCACCAUCAUGAUGACCACUUCAGCGGAGAGUCCAGUCACAUGUUUGGUUCAUCAACGAAUAACCAGCGAAUUGAGUCCUGGUGGUCCAUAUAUCGAAAAGGAAGGGCUCAGUUUUGGUUGGAGCUGUUUGCGGAUCUUCGAGACGCUGGACACUUCAAUGGAAGUCACGAGCAUCAGUGCCUUUUGAGAUUUUGCUUCACUGACAUUGUUCAGAGGGAUCUUGAUGAAUGUGUGAAGCUGUGGAACACUCAUCAGAUUCGUCCCUCAAGAACAACUUCAUGUCCAGGAGGUGUGCCAAAUGAACUGUACUACCUACCCCACAGAUACGGCUCCAGGGACUGUGGAUUCCUGAUUCAACAAUCUGAACUAGACGCUUUUCCUGAGUCUAGGCUGUCAGUAGUUGUAUGUGGGGACUCAAACAUACAGGAGUAUCUGAAUUUUUCUAAUGGAGCAAAAUCAUUUUCAAAAGCCAGUCUGCUGGGAGUCUGCCACUGAACUUUACAUGAAGUUAUUAGAAAUUGCACAUUUCUAAAAACAAACAAACAAACUGGCUUUUCGUUGUGUUUACCAAAACCUAUAGCAUAUGCUGUAUUUUUGGACUAGGCUACAUGAGUUGGCUGAAGAUGCCAAAAAUUUAAGUUUGUUUUUGUAAAAGCUCAUUCCUACUACAACGUCUUGCUAAUUCUGGUCCUUGUUUAGCUGAUGGAAGUUAAGAUACAGUCCUGAACAUUUAGAUAAAUAAUAAAUCAAAUCAAAAUCAAAUCUUGCACUGUAUUGUGUAUUUAUUACAACUUUUAAGAGUAGAACACAGUACAC